CGCGGUCAUCAGGAAACCAAACAAAUAAUUGCCUUUUUUUUUCAACAACAUUUUCCUCAUUAUCUCCGAAUAGACGCUGUAAGAUCGCGGCGUAAUAGAAUAAUCGUAUCUGAUCAUCAUCGUCGCGGUCGCGGAAACUCGGAAACGACGGUGAUCAAAUGGGAAGAAAUCCUUGUUGCAACAUAGAAGGAUUGAGGAAAGGAGCUUGGACACCGGAAGAAGACCAGAAGCUUGUUUCUUACAUUCAAAAACAUGGUGAAGGUGCUUGGCGUUCCUUGCCCCAGAAAUCUGGCUUGCUGAGAUGUGGGAAAAGUUGCAGAUUGAGAUGGGCUAAUUACUUGAAACCUGAUAUUAAGAGAGGAGACUUCACUUCAGAGGAAGAGAAGAGUAUUCUUCAACUUCAUUCUGUUCUGGGCAACAAGUGGUCAAUCAUAGCUAAGAAUUUGCCAGGACGAACAGACAACGAAAUAAAAAACCACUGGAACACACACCUCAAGAGACGCUCAAUCGAAAUUAAAAAUGUAGAUCAAAAUCCUGUUUUAGGCUCUAUGAAGAUUGGUGAUCAUCCAAAACCCAAAUCCCAUCUUCAUGUUAAAAGGUCAAUUUCCACUACUACUGCUACUACUACUUCUGCCCAUGAUCGGCUACUCAAUGAGCUAGCUGCAUCUAACAAGCUCAAAGCAUCUAGUUGCCUCGCCUCACUUGCGGCCCCACACAACCGCAAAGAUGACAAAGCGGCGGCCUCAACUCCAUCCAGCAUCCUCAACAAGAUGGCCACAACUUGUCUCAAACCAAAAUCACAUAAUCUUCUCAACGCGGUCAAGGCGGUUUUGUCUCAAUCACCACAAGCUAGUCCUAUGGGCAAAAGUGUUGGCAAUGUUCUUAUUGCCAAUUCCACUAGUACUAUUACUAUCACUAGUGGUAGAUUUUCUGAUUUUGAAGGGGGUAAUUCUAGUACUGUUAUGGAAUUUAGUCCUAGAUCGAAAAAUGCUCGGGUUCUACUCAAUGAAAUGGCAUCAAAACUGUCCCUCUUAAAUCGUCCGGAUCCUAUAUCGCUCAGUGGGCCUGAUCAAUCACCUGCCGUUGAUAAUAAUGUGAUGAACAUCAAUUCCUUAGCGUCAGUUUUAGAUGGAAAGGAAUUAGGUGAAACGUGUUUAUUCCAAGACAUGGGGUUUGACCAUUAUUAUGAUCAUCAAGAGGUUGAUCUGUUUAAGGGAAUUGCCAACGCUGAGGAAGAAGGUUCUUCAUUGAUUCCGGCCGGCCCAUUGACGGAUUCCGGCGACCGUGGGUGACGUUUUUCCACUGCCUACCAUAAGAGAUUCAAAAGAACGAAGUGGAGUUUCGGAUGUUUUUGAUCUUGUUUGUGGUCGGCGGUGGAGGGGACGGCGGUGCAGCCGUGGUGGUGUUUGUAUCAGAGAAAAAGAUGUUUUGUUUUUUUUAUUUUUUUUGGAACUUUUUGUUUAAUUAAUCUCGUGUGGUAAGCUCUAUUUGUGG